CAUUGGUCUGGAUGAGCGCCGAGCGGACACUGGACAGCCGAAAGCCAAAGCCGUGUGCCGACAGGCGCCAGACCAGCCGCCAACAGCUGUACGUUCAGUCAUUGACUCAUUGUGUAAUUGUGUUGUACGCACUCGGGCACUCGUAGUUCGUACGCCGUAUGGUGUUCACAUCUCAUAUUCUGAUGUCGGAGGCUGAGAUUAUAUUGUAUGAUUGUCCGUAAUGCUGACUAGUAUAAUAUGAUCUGAGCGUUAGGGAGUUAUAGAUUUAUGCGAGUUACUGUCACACUUGUCCGUAAUCCGCCAUUGCGCAGUUGUGCAAAGCUGUGCGCGCGUGCGCCCGUUAGCCGCCGGACGACCAACGCCGAGACUUCUCUCCGCUGCCGCWCAAGCACUGCUUGCCGAAAGGGUGCAAAGUGCGUUUUUUCAUUUUUCUCUCCAAAGCGUCCGCUGUCAAGCACUCGUUUAAUGGGUCGUUUGCAAUUAUAAUUUGCUUUUUAUUUCUUGCUGGUCAUUCCUCGUUGUCUACGCAGCCAUUGCCGUCGCGUCGAGUUUCAACACAAGCUUCGUCGACGACGUAUCAGCCAACUGAGCAGAUCCCGUGUGAUUCGCACUCUUCUUCCGUUAAUAAAUUUCAACAAGGUGAUUGACAAUGCCGAGAACUAGCCGUAAGAGGAAUAAUCGUCGUAAUGAAAGUACAGUUAGGGUUACUUCCAAUUUAUCACCAAAUGCUCCAGAAUUUAUUCCAAUCGCAAACAAUGAAACUAGUGAUAAUCAGAGAGAAAAUGUAGUUAUUCAGUCAAUGGCAUUUUUUGGAAGUUCCAGCACAUCAAAUAGUAGCGGGAGUCAUUCUAACUCUAACUACGAAACUACUACUACAAUUUCUACUAUACCAGAUGCGUUAAAAAAUAAGGGUCAACGAGAUUUGCUUAUUAAUCUAUUGAAUGAAAGUAAAGUAGAUUGUGUGAUAUGCUAUGAACGGGCUAAAAAUGUUGAACAGAUUUGGAAUUGUCGUAAUUGUUACCAAAUUAUGCAUUUAAAAUGCAUAAUAGUUUGGUUCAUUAAAUCUCAUAGUAAUGCUGUAUGGAGAUGUCCAGCAUGUCAAUGUGAGAUGACUGGAAAACCAAAAUAUGUAUGUUUUUGUGGUACUUUACCAAAUCCAUAUCAUAAUAAUGUAGAUACUCCACAUUCUUGUGGUCAAGUUUGUGGAUUACAAAGAAAAAAUGCUAAUUCAAACUAUAAUGAUUGUCAUCAUAAGUGUACACUGCUUUGUCAUCCUGGCCCUUGUCCACAAUGUGUUGUACAAGUUUUAAGAUCAUGUGCAUGCGGUAAAAAACGAGAGUAUGCUCAAUGUGGGCAGUCCAACCAGAUUGUAUGCAACAAUGUUUGCCUUAAAAAAUUAAACUGUCAAAUCCAUGAAUGUCAAAAAAUAUGUCAUGCAAAUAAGUGUGAUCCAUGUAAUAAGGGCUGUCCUCAAAUGUGUUACUGUGGGAAAUCGGAACGAAUAGUACCAUGUACUUCAGAGAAUGCCAUGGUGGUGUAUUAUAGCUGUGGAAAUCUGUGUAAAAAAAAAUUGUCUUGCAAAAAUCACUUAUGCCAGAAACUGUGCCAUGUCGGUCAAUGUGACCCUUGUAUAGCUUUAUCUGUUAAUAGAUGUCCAUGUGGAAAACGGCCAUUGACAGAAGAUGAACUUAGUAACCGUACAUUAUGCAUACAACCAGUACCCACGUGUGACCAACCAUGUGGAAAGCCUCUAGAAUGUGGUCCACCAGAAAGUCCGCAUCUAUGUGAACAAACUUGUCAUGAAGGCCCAUGUGUUCGCUGUGAACUUAAAACCAAAUAUGUAUGUAAAUGCGGUAGUAGAUCCAAGGAAAUAAAAUGUAAUUCUGUGACUACCGAAUUGACUUGCAAAAAGAAAUGUAAUAAGAUGAUGUCUUGCGGUAAGCAUAGAUGUAUGGUAGUAUGUUGUAAUGCACAAGAACAUAUAUGUACCAGAACUUGUAAUGGACUAUUAAAUUGCCGCCAACAUCGUUGUGAUCGUGUUUGCCAUCCUGGAAGCUGUUCAAUGUGCUAUGAAGCAAGUUUUGAAGAGUUGUAUUGUCGAUGUGGCAAUAGUUUUAUUUCUCCUCCUAUCAGGUGUGGUACUCGUCCACCAUUAUGUACAUUACCUUGUUCACGAGAACAUGAAUGUGGUCAUACAGCUACUCAUAUAUGCCAUGAUGAAGAUGAAUGUCCUCCUUGCCUAGCUUUGACUGAAAAAUUGUGUUAUGGUGGUCAUGAGUUGCGGUUUGCUAUACCAUGUCAUAUAAAAAAUGUAUCAUGCGGAAUGCCUUGUGGCAUUCUACUUCCUUGCAAAAGGCACACUUGUACCAAACCAUGUCAUGCACCACCAUGUGAUACAGGUCCAUGUCAGUUACCAUGCAAUUUACCAAAAUUGGAUUGCAGCCAUCCAUGCUCAAAACCUUGUCAUAAUGGUCCAUGUCCACUAACAGCAUGCAAAAUAAUGGUAAGUGUUAGCUGCAUUUGUGGGAAUUUGACAGAAACUAGGUUGUGUUCUGACCCUAAGGUGAUUGAAUAUCGUCUUCAAGUUAAAGCACAGUCAAUGAGCUUGCUAGACAAUAUUGUUGACUCAUCGCCAAUCAUAAAGUCGUAUAAAAUUCUGGAAUGUACAACAGAAUGUGCUAAAUUAGAACGAAAUCGUCGUAUUGCCCUUGCACUUCAAAUCCGCAAUCCAGAUUUAUCUCCUAAUGUCACUCCACGGUAUUCAGAUUUCAUGAAAGAUUUUGCAAAAAAAGAUGUAUCAUUCUGUAAUUAUGUCCAUGAAAAACUUGCUGAAUUGGUCACUAAUGCUAAACAAUCUAAACAAAAUUCUCGAAGUCAUUCAUUUGAAGUAAUGAAGUAUGAAAAGCGGAAAUUGGUUCAUGAGUACAGUGAACAUUUUGGAUGUGAAUCAGUAGCUUAUGACGCUGAACCAAAUAGAAAUGUUGUUGUUACAGCUCUUAAAGAAAAAUCCUGGCUUCCCAAUUAUAGUGUGGUCGAAGUUGUUCAACGUGAAAGCGGGUGUCCACGAGUUAACCCAUUUGCAAGUAUUCAAAAACGAAACACUGUUAUUCUGAACAAAAAAUUCUGAGAUCAUUAAACAUUUUGUUUUUUAAAUCAAUUGAUUUUAAAACUACCUUAACAAUAAU